AUGGUGAUGUCACCAUCGUUUGCCUUGGCGGUGGUGGCACAGUCUCUCGGCCUCGUGGCAUUGUCAGGUUCAGCCAUGGCCAUGCGUGUGGUCGUCGACAUGGCCGUGUCGAGUUCCAGAAGGCUCCGCCGACGAACUCCAAGGGACUAUAGGCUUCUGAUACGUCUGGAAAGAAAACCAGAGCGCCCGUCGCCGCCACGCAGCCGCCGCCCCGCAGCCGACGCCCCACCGACGCCGCUGCCCCGCAGCCGCCGCCACGUAGCCGCCGCCCCGCAGCCCCCGCCCCGCAGCCCCCGCCCCGCAGCCGACGCCGCCGUCCAGCAGCCGCCGCCCCUCCCCCGUCGCGAGUCGCCGCCCCGUCGGCCCGUCGCGGGGACUCACGGCCCCGACCUCUCCGUCGCCGCCGCGAGUCGCCGCCCAUUGGCCCGCCUGCCUUCAGUUGACAUGCUGGCUACUCCUGGACCCGUGAGAGAAUGCAUGUUCUUUGAUGUAAUUCUCCCAGAAUUCAAUCUUGAGGCAAGAGGGGAUGAUCCACUCAGUUGGUUUCACUUUAUUGAAGACGACCUGAACUUUGAUCUGCUGUUGUAUCCUAAAUUUGCAUGCGCCAGCAAGAGUCCUCCAGGCAGCAAGUCCACUGACAGGUACAAUGCGUGUAGUAGUCGAUCAAGAAGCAGCGAGGAGGAUGUUUCAUAGCACAGAUCGAGGAAGAGAAGUCGCAGUAGUCGUGAUUCGUGAUCGAGGCAGCUGAAUAUCUGGGCAUCUGGCCACCGGCAACUCUGGGUUUUGGACGAUCGAAUGCCGUAUAGAUGGCACUACCUCAUGUAGUAGUCAUUUGGCAGCCUUGUUUUCUACUGCAUUUUCCCCUUUAGGCCUUGUUUGGCCGGCCGGAUUUAAAGUGGAUUUCCGUGUAUUUUCCCAGUGUAAACUAAUACUCCCCAAAACACUUCAGUAACCGUUUGGCAGCCUGGUUUUAGUUGGGCUGAAACCCAGCAAA